AGCCUGUUUCUCAAGCCAAUGAGAUGCACCUGUCAUGGAAACUAGUCUGCCUACUGGCUGCCUCGCCUGCAGCCAACUAUGCACUAACUUUCCUAUCUUCCGGCUUAACAUAAAGUCAACAUCGCAGGCACACUAGGUUUUAAAGCGGUCCCGGAGGGUUAAGGGGUCUGCAGCCGAACUAGUAGGCUAUAUUGGAUCGUUUUGGAGGUAACAGAUUUGUCAAGUUCCUCACAACUCUUACUUGUAUUACUUUUAUUGUGUUUUCGCUUCAUAGUUGACUUGCAUGUCGCACAUGUCAGGAAAGCGAAAUCCUUUCGCGGAGAGGAACUUACCUUUUAACAGGUGUGUCGUUUUACGGAAACAAAGUGUUUUUGUGAUGAUGUAUGGCAUACAUAGGCUUUUUUCAAUUUUCUCCUGAUGCGUCUAGUGCGUUUUAGACUGACACCUAUACGAUGUGGGUUAUCUAAUUGCUUUGUGAAAUAGACUAUAUGUAUGCCUUAAAAGUCGCAAGACUGUUCUUCACUGGGCUGCAGGGCGUGUAUUUUCAAUUUGACCAUUUGGAUUUUAUUUUAUUGCUGUAUCGUUUUUGAGACACAUUGUCAUUCACGUAGACUUUGCAUUAUGUAAAGAAAUUGGCCUACCUAGGACUACCUGCAAUUUUUUAAUAACCGGUUUCAUCUCCGAUAACCAUCGAGUUACAAUUUCCUUUUGUUAAUCUCCAGCAACGCGUUACCUUGACUGUUCCUCUGCCAUCCGCUUAGAGUAGCCUAUUUGUUUGACUCGAGGAUUAGAAGACGGUAGAUAUUGGUAUUUUUUUUACUGGAUUUCUAUAUAAUUACUGAAUUAGCUACUGCUUUCUCAAAGGAGCGAAUUGUAAUUUCAGGAAUGUAUGACAGACGUGACAUCGUCAUUAACGGAUGAGUCAGUGGGCUCCACCCGUCUGUUUGUGUCGUUAGAGGGUGGGAACCUUCCUGCGAUGCAGAGGCGAUCAUGUUUUCGUGUGUCUACCAUGCAGUGCCGUCUGCGCUCCACCGCAUGGACGAGGAGGGAACGGUUGCGGUCACCUACCAGCCAUUGCCCUGGCAUUGACCAGCUAGUGUUCCAUUGACCACGCAGUGCAACCGUUCCCCUUGCCCGUUGGUUUCCUCUGCGCUUCGAGGAGUUGCACAGUCCUGGUAGACCUGCCAAAAAAUCAACAUUUACUCAGUUUCAAGGAAACUGUCCUAGAACCGGGCAGUUUUCCACGAAGGACCCAUGAAGUAGUCAGCAUGCCCGAGGUGGAAGAAAUGAUUAACCUGGCCUACCUAACGGACGCGGAGCGGGAGCUGAUCGUGGAGGUUCUGCACCGUGACGCCGAGCUGAGGAAGAACGAGGAGCAACGCAUUCGGAAGCUGAAGUCGGACCUGCAGGACACCAAGAGGAAGGGGGCCAAGCGCGGCAGUGGAAGGUACAGUCUGCGCAGCUGCGGUCGCUGCCAGCAGGCCUUUAGUAGACUGUCUCUCGGCUCCAGUCAGUGCAGGGCGUGUAAACACAAUGUGUGCCCAAAAUGCCGCUCACCGCGCGCCGACGGAUCCUGCCUUUGCACUGUGUGUGCCAAAGAAGCGGACCUGAAGAAAUGCACAGGCGACUGGUUCUAUGACCACAGGGUGAACCGCUUCUCCACCAAGCAGGGCCAUGAACUAGUGAGAAGCUCGCUGAAGAGGCCAGCAGCUCUGAAGAAGCGCCAGACGGCUGGGGAGAUUCUGUUGAGGAGCGCCUCAGAAGAAGCUCCACUGAAGGCCCUCCCCCUCGUCCCUGUUCCGCACCCACGGCAGAAGCCGCCGCAGCCGCCGGCUGCCGACCGAGAAGACCCUGUGUGUGCCCCUCGGAUCGGCCCGCCGCACGCUAGUAAACCACAGAGCAGUGAUGCCGAUAAUGUCGACGGAUCCAGUCUGUCGAGCAGGAAGACCCUGGCGCUGUCGGCUAGCACAACCCCAGAGCCGUUGAGGAGAGGCAAGGUCCAGUCCAGUCCAGCCGGGUCCGAUGUCUCCAGUGGGAAUGUGUCGAGCAAAGCGGACAGCUUAAGCAGUCACGGCUCUUCUUCUGACGCAGCUGCACGAGAGUCUGCCUGUGGUUCCUUGGAUAAGGCCCCAGAGGAGCAGCAUGUCGGCCGCAGCCCAGACACCUCAGAGGGCGAGGGCAUGUUUAAGAAGAGCAUACGGCGAAGAAACACUCCUGUGCACGCCUCCGCCCUGGACCUCCGUGAGGAGGCGGAGGAGGGUGUCCGUCCAGCCAUGGGCCACAGAAGUCGUUCGGUCCCGGGUCUCGACAUUCAGGAUGAGGAGGACGAGGACAUCGACAGCUUGGUCAACCUGCACAAAAAGACAGUUUCCACCAGUCGGCGGAGCUCAUCGGUGACGAUGGGAAGCACCAUGAGUAUUUACAGCGACACGGGGGACUACGACUCGGUGGACGUGAGCGGGGAGAUCGUGUACACCGUCAGCUACGACGAACAUACGCAGAGCCUGAUCGUCUUCAUCAAGGAGUGCCACGACCUGGCCUAUGGUGACGCAGCCCGGCGCCACUGCAACCCGUAUGUCAAGUGUUAUCUCCUACCUGAAAAGUCUCGCCAGAGCAAAAGGAAAACCGCGAUCAAGCGAAAUACUACCAAUCCAGUCUACAAUGAGACGCUUAAGUACUCCGUCGGUCGCCAGCAGCUGACAAACCAAACCCUGGCCAUCGCCGUGUGGCACAACGGCCGCCUGAGCCGGAAUGCCUUCCUGGGCGAAGUGAUGGUCACACUUGACGUGCGCGACCUGGACUCUCCCCAAGAGGAAUGCGUUGUCCUCAUGGCCAAGACAGCCUCUCCCGAGCUAGCCUCUGCCUUUGCACAGUACAAGGGGGAGUUGGUCAUCUGCUUGAAGUAUGUUACACCAAAAAAGCCUGCAAAAGCCGAGCGACUCUCAGGUAAGACUACAUUAUGCGUGGCGGUACGACGUAUUAAAAAACAAAUUCCAAAGGUUUGUUUUUAUGCUGAAUUUCUCCACUUAGUCAAGAAAGCCCAUGCAGUGGAAGGAGGGGAACUCCAUGUCCUGAUCAAAGAGGCCAAGAGUUUGGUGGCAAUGAAAGGUGGAGCUACCUCCGACACCUUUGUGAAAGGGCACCUGUUGCCCGCCAACGUCAAGUCGACCAAGAGGAAGACGCCGGUGGUGAAGAAGAACCAUAACCCUCACUACGACCACACGUUUGUGUACAAGGAGCUGAGCCUGGGGCAGCUGAGGGACAUGUGUCUGGAGCUCACCGUCUGGGACAGGGAGUCCGUGGCCAGCAACGAAUUCAUGGGAGGUGUGCGUCUGAGCACAGGCAUAGGCAAUCUAACAGUUGGGAAGGACGGCGUAGAAAUGGACUCCCAGGGUGAGGAGGUGAGUGUGUGGGAGAAGAUGAUGCAGUUCCCAGACUCCUGGGCAGAGGGCACUCUUCGUUUGCGUUCCACCAUGGGUAAAACCCCCAAAAAAGGACUCCAAACCUUGUUCUCACACUGAAAUGAAAGGGACUGUUUUCAAACGGAUCGUACCCCUUGAGACCAAUUCCCUGUGAUCAUAAAGCUAACAACACCAUCUAGAGUGCCUCCUGAACACUAAAACUAUAUGCAUCACCUCAUUCUCAUUGAAGUACAAAUAUUUACAUAGCUCUGUAUGCUCCACCUAUAUUUUUUUUGCACAGCCCAGUGACAUAACCAAUAGGCGUUAGUAUAUUCAAAUUAUACGCAUCAUAAUUAUACCGCCUUUGGAUGAUUUUGUUUUUAAUCUGGAAUAACGUAUUAAUAUCCAUCCGUAUUUAUGACACAGUGAUACUAGUUUGAGUAUGUGCCUCCAUGUAAAAUAAAUAUAUAUUUUUAAAGGCUGUGUAAAGUCUUAAUGUUAUCCGUGAACCUAAUAUGUAAAUGUUUUGAAGUAUAGCACAAUAAACUUGAAAUACAAUAAAACUACUAGUAUAGAUUCCAACUAUGGGUGAUAUUUUAUUUAUUUUAAAAUGUAAUUUAAAGGUUUGUCUGCAUUGCCUGGCACUAAAAUAAAUAUUAAGAAUCUGUGGUGAUUUCACACUGGUAACAUGGUUACGUUCUACCUUUUAAAACCACAUUAUAUCGUGUAACUUAAUUACAUCUUCUUUCCUCUGUCUCUGGUCUCAGUCAGCUAGUUUUGAUCAGUUUAUCCUCAUGACAACCAGGGGGACCGCCCUAUCGGGGUUAGACGCAGAAGUCUCGGUGUAUUUCCAGCCUGUCUCGUUCCUCCUCGUCCAGCAGGAAGUCAUCGAUAUAGGCGAAGAGUUCGUCCGAGGACAUGGGGGUGAUGAACCUCUCGCGGUCCACUCCGUUUUUGUCCAGAAUCAGCAUGCUGAAGUACGACCGGGAGAUCCUGAAGGCUUGUCUGCACGGGAACACAACGCCAAAAUAAGAGUCCCUUUCCUCCGCUUUUCAUUAGAAUUAUAACUUGAAUUGUUUUUGAAGAACGGUAACUAGAGAACUGUUCAAUUACACGCAGACACACACACACACCAAACACAUUCGGUAUACACUUGGAGAUCGGCCUGUGCCUCCAGGCAUUCAGCUUUGACUUGUCUAGUCUCAAAUGAGCCACAGCACAUCAAGCUCUGUUAUCUUCAUCCAUGAUUAUGCGUUAUAAAAAUAGCGUUUGAGCGUACAAACCACAAUACACUAAAAUGUUGGUUUCUGGAUGAAACCAAGGCUUUUUACACUUGAUUUGAAAAUGUCCAGGCACUGAACAUGGAUGUGGACUUGCUGUAGUAUCAUUCGAUCGGCCAUGUUACAUGGAGCUUCAAGGCAGGGGCCCAGUUACCUGAGACCCUCGAUGACUCCUGGAUGAAGUGGUUUGGUUUUGAUCCGGCCGCGCUCUUGAGGGGCCGAGCCCAGGAGCUCGAUCACAGUCACAUGACGCAGGUCCAGGCCACAACGCGAUUUCUGAAAGUGGAUUAGCAAAGUGAGUCUGACAAAAACUGUAGGAAUAUUCAACCUUGAUGAACUAUGAGCGUAUCCGAUGAGACAUGUGUGCACUACUCGUCACCUGUAUCAUGAGGUUCUGCAGCCUGUAUUCCUGGUUCAUUAAACUAGGUGUGGAGACGAUUAGCAAUCUCCUAUUCUCAUAGAAUUGAUCCAUGAGAGCAGAGACCGUCUUUACAUUCGUCCUGAACUCCAUUUCUAUGGAAUAGAAUACACUAAUUAGCAUAUUCAUUAAAUAUAUAAUACACUUAACGUGAGCAUGUGUGUGUAUGCACGUGUUACUCCUGUAGACAUUAACGUCCAUCAAUUCAUACCAGAACUUUGCAAUAGGAAAAACUAUGCAAUAGUGUUACACAAAUACUGUCCAUACAAUCCAACAAAUUUGGUUUGAUUUAUAUUGAGGUAUAAAGUAAUUUAACAU